AUGAAGAUGUUGAGGCGUACAAAGGUAAAUUUUUCAAAAUUGCUUUACAAGAUUACUAAACUAGCAAUAGUACUGACGAUCCUAUAUAUUUAUUUUACGCCCAAAAUCGUCUCCCGAAACAAUGCAUCAUUGCAGCAUAUUUUUCCUCAUAAAUAUGGCGAUUAUGAAAUCAAUUUGGUCAUAGCGCACCCUGACGACGAAGUUAUGUUUUUUUCCCCCAUAAUUUCUCAACUGAAUUCGUACUUUCCGAGAACCGUCCCAUUUAACAUAAUCUGCUUAUCAAAGGGCAACGCCGAAGGUCUUGGCGAAACCAGGGUAAGAGAAUUAAAUGAGUCGGCCGCUUUAUUGCUACACAAUGAAAGAGCAGUCUCCGUACAGGUGAUGGAUUUCCAGGAUGGUAUGGACGAAAUAUGGGAUAUUGAUUCUAUAACUUCUUCUCUUUCACAAAAGAUAGAUAUAAAGAAUCAUAACUUGAACCAGAUUAUCGUUACCUUUGAUUCAUAUGGUGUAUCAAAUCAUAUCAACCACAAAAGCUGUUAUGCUGCCGUUAAAAAGUUGGUGGAUGAUUAUGCUCAACCUAAGACCAAAAGAAAUGAACAACCACCUCAUGUCACUGCGCUUUAUUUGAGAAGCUACAAGAACAACAUCGUUUUAAAGUACAACUCCUUUAUUUGGGAAAUCCUAAAAAUACUUUACGACCUGAUUUCUCCAUUCCGUAGAAUAAUUCAGGCGCUUCCGCCUAACACAGCCGCCGAAAAAGACAAGCUUUCACUUAUGAAUACACAUGCACAAUACGUACUAGCGUUUGCCACUAUGCUAAAUGCUCACGAAUCCCAAGUUGUGUGGUUUAGAUACGGAUGGUGGAUAUUUUCCAGAUUUGUCUUCGUUAAUGAAUUUGAUGUUUAUACAUAUUAG